AUGUCGUACUCAAGGUCAGGAUUUUCGCCGUGGCGGAAGAGAGCUUCCAGCCUGGCCUCACAGGAGCAAUCGCAGCACGACCGUACAGAUACAGCGAGCCAUGCUGAGGGUUCAAUGUUAGAGGCUGGGACUUCGCAACAUCAACUAUUGUCUUCAUCCGUGGGAUCUGCACAAGGCUAUAAGGAGCCUAUCCGAUCAUUCAUCCAUGCCUCAGUACGAGAUCAAUUGGCCCCGGUCGAUAGCGCACAGAUUGCGAGGAGCGUCCGCGAAGAUACAGCUGAGCUAGCGAGUUAUUUGCUGUCCGAUGGCUCAACCCAGCACCGCCCGAGCUUCCUCCACAGGAAUAGACCGUCGUCUCAAGAAGGCCUUGGCCUAGAGUUUGGAGAUGUUGACUCCUUGGAGGACAGCGUGCGGCGUUCCUCAGGGACUAUCCUCGAAGUCUCUGAACCACCGUCUCCAGAAGAACAAGAAGUAGGAGCACAAGCUGGGGAGGGGGAGGGACCGUCUGCGCUUGCGAAUUUACUGAAGAGAUCGUCUCCUCCAUCAUCGUUACUAGAGCAAAACAACAUUCCGCAAACUCGAAUCGAGAAUGUCGACGCCGACCAAGCCCAAUUCUCGCCAAUCGACGAGACACCGCACUGUCAAGAAGCAGCCGCAACCGAAGAUUCAGAGUAUACCCCUCUUCUGGGUAGACGAACUUCUGGAUCGGGAGAAAGUACUAGUGUUGAUGAUCUCGAAGGGCAAAAGGCGCUGGCGCGGACGAGAUGGCUGCGUGGGUUGACUGAGCGGCGUCAGAAAGCGGAGCGCCAUGUGCUUCGGAUUGCAAAGAUAGCUUCCAGCCCACGUAGCUGGAAUGGAAAGGCUAUUUGGGAGACUACUGUUGUCGACCCAGUUUCUUGUCUCCCGGCGGUCGCUGUCGGUCUGCUACUGAACAUCUUAGAUGCCUUGUCAUAUGGUAUGAUUCUAUUUCCCCUUGGAACGCCUCUUUUCUCUCAUUUAGGAUCUGCUGGUAUUUCUAUAUACUAUGUCAGCACAAUUGUGGCACAACUCGUUUUCUCUACGGGCAGUAUAUUCAGAGGGGCUGUAGGAUCCGAGCUGAUUGAAGUUGUUCCCUUCUUUCACAACAUGGCGGCCAAGAUUUUGGACAUUGUUGGUGAAGACAACCCUGAUGCAGUCAUCGCCACAACGAUUGUCGCCUAUGCUCUGAGCUCCAUGCUGACUGGCUUGGUGUUCUACCUCAUGGGCAAGUUCAAAUUUGGCUACAUGGUGGGAUUCAUCCCAAGGCACAUCCUGAUAGGAUGUAUAGGCGGUGUCGGGUGGUUUUUGAUAGCUACGGGCUUCGAGGUUUCAGCUCGGCUAGAAGGAAGUCUCGAGUAUGACCUUGACACGUUGGAGAAGCUCUUCGAAACCAAAACCAUCCCGCUCUGGAUAUGCCCCCUAAUUCUGGCCAUUAUCCUAUUCUAUGGUCAGAUGAAAGGCGCAUCCAAAUACUUUCUUCCCCUAUUUAUCUUGGCCAUUCCCCUCGUCUUCUAUCUCUUUGUCUUCUCGCUCGAUGUAUUAGACCCGAGCACACUCCGCGAUCAUGGAUGGAUCUUCUUGGGGCCUCCGCCGGACGAACCUUGGUGGUACUUUUAUACCUUGUACCAGUUUCAGCUGGUUCACUGGAGAGCCAUCGUUGAGGUGAUCCCGGCCAUGUUUGCUUUGACUUUCUUCGGCAUUCUUCACGUCCCCAUCAAUGUCCCUGCGUUGGCGCUCAACUCUGGAGAGGACCAUGCCGAUUUGGAUAAAGAACUGAGGCUCCAUGGUUAUUCCAAUUUCAUUUCAGGUUGCAUAGGCAGCAUCCAAAACUACUUGGUUUAUGCCAACACAGUCUUUUUCCUGCGAUCUGGAGGCAACAGGCGGCUUGCUGGCUAUAUGCUUGCGCUUCUCACCUUUGGUGUUAUGGUUAUCGGGCCUAGCAUCAUUGGAUGGAUUCCGGUCAUGAUGGUUGGAACGCUGAUUUUUGACCUUGGAUUCGAACUUCUGCUUGAGGCGGUGUGGUUGCCACGAAAGAAGCUUAGGCCCGCAGAGUAUCUCACCGUCAUUGUCAUUGUGCUUGUCAUGGGUAUCUACGAUUUUGUAGUGGGCAUUGGUGUUGGAAUAUUGCUAGCAUUUGUCUCACUCAUUAUCCAGACAUCGAGAGUGUCGGCCAUUCGAGCAUCCUACGAUGGCGACGUCGCUACUUCAACCGUCAGACGCAACUCUUCACAAGACAACUACCUGCAAAAAGUUGGGCGGCAAAUCUACAUCAUGAAGCUCACAGGGUAUCUGUUCUUCGGCACAGUUGUCAGUGUGGAGGCCAAGAUUCGAGCACUCUUAGACGACCAUGCGUUUGCUCAAAAGCCAAUCAAGUUCCUCGUCCUCGACAUGUGGCAUGUUAGUGGGCUUGACUAUUCCGCGGGCGAGGCCUUUAACACGAUCAGCCGGAUAUUGAACAAGAAGGGCGUGCACUUUGUGCUAAGUGGCAUCGACUCUGAGAGCGAACUAGGUCGGAGUCUGAGAGCUGUGGGAUUGGGAAGCGGCAAUAUUGAAGUUAUGAUGCUGCCUAACCUGAACUCGGCAUUGGAAAGCUGUGAAAACGAGUUGCUAAAGACUCUUUACGCUAGGCAAGAGGAGCUGAACUCGGCGAAGAGCAGCACGGAGAAUCUAGAUGUCCCAGCAGCAUCGACAACGGUGGCCUCUUUCGACGCACCGCUCAACUCUCCGCGCCGCAACUAUCUUGCGGAGGCGGCCCAUGACGCCCUUAACAGCGUUGAGAUCCAGCGUCGCUCUAGAUGGCAGAGUUUUAAUGAACCACUGCGACUUAUGCUGCAGAUUUUCCAAGGGCUAAGCGACAAGAAUGAAGAUUUUUGGUUCCCAGCAACGCCCUACUUUACGCGUAAGGAAUACCCUGCUGGUACAACCCUAUUCAAACGCGGCGAGCCGGCAGACGGCUUUUACCUUUUGGAGCGUGGUAUCAUUCGAGCAGAGUACGACCUCCCUCAAGGUUGGCUUUGUGAAAGCAUCGUGGCUGGGACUACCUUGGGCGAGCUGCCUUUCUUCUCCGAAACGAGCCGGACGGCAACAGCACAAGUCGAGAGAGACUGCACUGUGUGGCUGAUGGAUCUGGAGUCUUGGAGGAAGCUUCAGCAAAAGGAGCCCGAGAUUGCAAGAGAAUUUCUCAAGAUCUCACUCAAAUUGACGAGCGAGCGUAUGAGUGCUAUCACAUCAUAUAUUCUGACUACAGCAGGAUAA